GUCGCAGGCUGCACUGCUGGCGGUGAACUCGUGUUUAUAAAAGGCUGACACCGGUGACAGGGGGCAGGUAGGUGCCGACUCUGCAGUCGGCGUGCAAGCGAGCGAGCCAACGUGGGUGGCACAGCCUUCCCAGUCCGUAGCAUGGCCGAUGCGGAACAGCAGCUGCCGCAGCAACAAGUGCCCGGGGAAGGGCAAGAGGAGGAGGUGGACCAGCCGCUUCCUGCUAUCGACGAACCCUUCCUCCAGGGUGUGCUGCGGAGCCACCUCCGGGACGACGGACUCGUCGUGGACAAAGUCGAUGUCGGUCCGGGCAGCGGACCCGGGGACAACUACAUGAGCACUGUGUACAGUGCCGUAGUGCGUGGCAAGACGGGACGACUAGAGGCGUUCGAGGAGCAGCUGGUGGUGAAGCUGUGGCCGGCGGACGCGAAGCGGCGGCGGCUGUUCCGCUGCGCGCAGGCGUUCAGCCGCGAGGCGUGCGGCUACGGCGAGGUGGUGCCUCGGCUGGGCGCCGCCGCCGCCGCGCUCUUCCCGCGCUGCCUGUACGCCUCGCCCGCCGGCGUCGUCGUGCUGCGGGACCUGCGCCCGCUCGGCUUCCGCAUGGCCGACCGCCGCGUCGGCCUCGACCUGCCGCACGCCGAGCUCGCGAUCAGGAAACUGGCCCAGUUCCACGCGACUACGUUGGUUCUGAAGAGGGACAGCCCGGAGACGGCGGAACGCCUGAGGCGGAUGCUGCAGCCGGACCUGACGUUCGCGACGGCGGCGCGCCUGCUGACGAGCGACUCGGUGGACAACGCGCUCCUCAUGGCCGAGGAGUCGCUGAGCGACGAGCGCCUGUGGGACGAGCCGCUGCGCGCCGCCGUGGCCGCCGCCACCGCCGUCGUCUGCCACGGCGACAGCAGCGCCAACAACAUGCUCUUCCAGUACGACGACCAGCGGCGCCCGCAGGACCUGCGCUUUCUCGACAUGCAGGUGCUGCGGUACGCAUCGGCGGCUACCGACGUGAUGUACCUGCUGUUCACGACCGUGCAGAGUGCCGUCCUCAGCGAACACCUGCAGGACCUGGUGGGCGCCUAUCACCAGCAGCUGCAGCACGAGGCCGCCGGCGCCGCGGACCACAUCACUCUGGACCAUCUGCAUUCGGAGGUGCAACGCCACGCGCUCUGGGGGCUGCUGAUGGGCUUCUGGCUGAUGCCGGCGAUGAUGAUCAGUCCGCAGAACGUGCCCAGCAUGGAGGGCAGCGAGUCGCUGUCCAAGCAGCGCAUCAGCAUGUGGGCGCGCAAGCUGGGCCCCGACUACCGCGUGCGCAUCGAGAGCAUCAUGCGCAGCUACAUCACACUGCUGAGGUCUCGGCCGGGCGCCGAAACUGCCUAGGGGCCGGGGCCGGGGCCGGGGCCGGGGCCGGGGGCGGGCCUCUCAGACCUUGCCGUGCACGAUCGUUAAACUACAGUUUUAAAAUCAACAUUUUAAUUUUAAGGAAGGCGGUGUCUCACCACAAACUGUCACGGAAAUGAACAUUUUAAUAAGUAGUACUGUUUAGGAAAGGGAGCUGCCUCUGACAAACUGACGUAUACUAUUACAGUCUUACGUAAAAUGUAGUUUUUACAUCACUGACUCCUGCAAUAUUUUAUCGAUGACACUGUUUUACCCACUCACUUGUAAUCGAAGGGCGCUAUUACGUUAUAUAAACGAGAAUUAAAUUCGUUUCUACUUAUAGUUCAAUAGUACGCCAACAAAUGCUAAAAAAAAUUUUUAAUAGUAUUUUCUUGUAUGCCUCAUUUUGUUAUUAUUGAAUUGUAAGUAAUGCUACCCAUUCAGCUACCAAUGUUCACAACAAAGAUCGCGUUACCAGCCAUUUGAAAGGUUCUUCACCGAUGACUUCAUCGUGACUGAAAAUCAUUGUCUUUAACGUUUUAUUAUCCUCAGAGUCAAGAUGUUUUGUUUUGUUUCCUUACCCCUUUUAUGUUUCCUUUAGAUGAAUGCGGUAUAAAUGAAAAGCACUUUCUUGUACAUAUUGUA